AUGAAAAGACCUUCAACCUUGUUGGCGACCCUUUUACCACUGACUCUUGGCACGGCAUUUCCACGCACCGAACUCGCUCCUCUCUUCACGCACCAAGACUCUGAUUUGGCAGGCUUUGACAAAUAUAUCGUCAAAUUUAAAGAUGGAACUGCCCGGGGGGCUGUAGAAGAAACCCUUGAGACCUUGGACCAGGUUGCCGAGCGGAUCUACCUGGAAGGGUUUAAAGGGUUUGCUGGUACCCUCGAUGCAGCCGCUCUGGAGAAUUGGAGAGCACAUCCUGAUGUCGAAUAUAUCGAACAAGACUCGAUUGUGCGUGCAACCGCUUACGUUGAGCAACCUGGCUCGCCAUGGGGCCUUGCUCGCAUCUCCAGUCGACUUAACGGUGCCGGUAAGUAUGUAUACGACGAAAGUGCUGGAGCGGGCACAUGUUCCUACGUGGUAGAUACUGGAAUCGAAGCUACCCAUCCUGACUUCGAUGGCCGAGCUAUCCAGGUAGUCUCGUUCGCAGGUGACAACACUGACGGAAACGGCCAUGGGACCGCAGUCGCUGGCGUCAUCGGCGGAACUACAUAUGGUGUCGCCAAGAAGACAACCCUCCUCGCAAUCAAAGUGUUCGACGCCUCGGGCUCUGGCACCACUUCCCAGGUCCUCUCCGGCAUCUCGUAUGUCACCCAGGACGCCGCUGCAAGGAGCUGCCCCCGCGGAGUCUUUGUGAAUCUGAGCAUCGGGGGCUCAUACUCCGCUACGCUGAAUGCCGCUGUUGCUGCGCUCGUCACCGAGGGCAAGUUCGUCGCCGUCGCUGCGGGGAGCAGCGGGACGAACGCCGGCAAUUUCUCGCCCGGCUCGGAAGAAUCUGCCUGUACUGCGAGCGCGAGCACUUCGCUUGAUGCAAGAAGCUCAUCGGCCAACUAUGGAGCCGUCGUCGAUAUCUUCGCUCCCGGUCAAUCUAUUCUGACAACCUGGCUCAAUGGCGGUACUGUGAGUAAUUCCUCCUCCCUCCGAUGGCUCCUAUUGAUCGGCUUACUUACACACAAGACCGAAAAGACCACUCUUUCCGGAAGUUCAUUCUCUUCUGCACAUAUAUGCGGUCUUGCUGCUUAUCUAUCUGCAUUGGAAGAAACGCCGAACCCAGCCACUUUGUGUACUCGCAUUAGGGAGCUUGCUACAAGCAAUAUUCUCACUGGCGUCCCUCCGGGAACAGAUAACUUGCUGGCUUUUAACGGAAACCCUCAGGGCUGA